GGUUGCCCUUCCAAACAAACAAACCUCUCAUUUUAUAUUACUUUUACUCUCUUUUUAAUAUCUUUCUCUCACACUCACACAUAUAUACAUACAUAUAUACACACACACUCUCUAUCUCUUUCAUGAUCAACCAUGUUUACACUUGGUCACUCCAGGUUUGAUCAUACCUAGAAACCAUCGUUUGGAGUUGAAUGAGCACGAUUCUUUGAGUAGUUAUAUAUUAACCUGUUUUUGUUACCCAAGAUCUUCAGAAAUGAGUUCUCGGUUUCCAUCUCAUCAGUUGAACAAUGGUUUGUACGUAUCAGGGCGGCCGGAGCCGCCAAAAGAAAAGGCUCCAACAAUGUCCUCUACUGCAGUGCCUUAUACCGGCGGUGACAUUAAAAAGUCUGGUGAACUAGGAAAGAUGUUAAAUGUGGAUCAUAAUGCCAAUAGGUCACGGAAAUCUGGUCAGCUAACUAGUGGUCCGUUAAGAACAGGGUCGAUCGGUGGUGGCAGUACCGGUCACUCGGGCCAAAUAGCAUCACACUCCAUGAACCGGGUGGGUUCUUUAUCUGGGGGUGUUCCCGGGUCAGCUUCAAUGAAAAAGACUAGUUCAGGUCCAUUAAAUAAACACGGAGAACCAAUAAGAAAGACUUCUGGACCUCAAGGUGGAGGGUUAACUUCUGCUUCCCGACAAAAUUCUGGACCUCUCCCACCGGCUCUCCCUGCCACAGGUCUCCUUACAUCAGGGCCUAUUUUAUCUGGACCUCUUAACUCAUCUGGUGCACCUCGAAAAUCAUCUGGUCCAUUAGACUCUUCAGGGUCAAUCAAAUCACGCAGCACUUCUAUCGUUAAAAACCAAGCAGUUACUCAUCUGAGCCAGGAAAGUACGCAUUCAUUCUUCAGGAGCUUCCCGAAGAUAGUUUUUUGGUCCAUAGUUCUGUUGUUUGUAAUGGGGUUUAUCGCUGCCAUUUUCAUAUUUGCAGCCGUUGGGAAUUCCAUUCUUCUCGUUGUUGUUGUCGUUCUUUUUUCUAUUGUGACCUUGGCCUUCUCAUGGAAUGCGUAUUGGGGUAGAAAUGCCAUCAUUAAGUUCAUCCAUAAGUACCCCGAUGCUGAGCUUAGAACCGCAAAAGAUGGCCAGUUUGUCAAGGUUUCUGGGGUUGUGACUUGUGGAAAUGUACCUUUGGAGUCAUCAUUUCAAAGGGUCCCCAGAUGUGUUUAUACAUCCACAAGUUUAUAUGAAUAUCGAGGCUGGGAUUCAAAAGCUGCCAAUCCCACACAUCGCCGUUUCACAUGGGGUCUCCGAUCCACGGAGAGGCAUGUUGUGGAUUUCUAUAUAUCUGAUUUCCAAUCUGGUUUGCGGGCAUUAGUUAAGACUGGUUAUGGUGCACGAGUAAAUCCAUAUGUCGAGGAAUCUGCUGUUAUUGACAUCGAUCAGUCCAACAAAGACAUGUCUCCACAAUUCAUUAGAUGGUUAGCCGAGAGAAAUCUUUCUGGUGAUGAUCGUGUAAUGCGACUUAAAGAGGGGUACAUUAAAGAGGGCAGCAGUGUAAGCGUGAUGGGAGUCGUACAAAGAAACGAUAACGUGUUGAUGAUCGUUCCUCCACCUGAGCCUAUUCCAACUGGAUGCCAGUGGACUAAAUGCAUGCUUCCUGCAAGCCUAGAUGGAAUCGUUUUGAGAUGUGAAGACUCAUCAAAUCCUGAUAUUAUUCCAGUGUAGCAUUUUGCUACAUGGUGAAGUAAAAGUUUGAGAAAAAUAUGGUUAGAUGUAUAGUCUUGUUUUGUUUACAUCCCCAUGAUCUUAUUUGGGAGUGUUUUGUUAAUGGUGUUGUGUGAUUAUUGAGCUUUUGGGGAAACUUAAUAUUUGAAAUUUUUUUACAAUUUUCCUAUUUUUUUCUUUUUGUUUUCCUUCAGAAAUGUUUGAAGAAUUUGAGAUUUUUAUGGUAUUAUAUGGUGCAUUACUGUCAUGUUA